AUGGCCUCCUGGUUUGAGACGACAUCAAGCGAUCUCUUCUUGCUCGUAGUCCCGUUCGCCGCCAUUGGCAUCCGGUGCUGGGAAGGAACUGAGUGUCCGAAGAGGCGCAAGGCGAACAAAGGUACUCAGCGGGUUGUCUGGCAAGACGUGCGGUAUCACUUGGGUCAUUCGCGGAAUCGGCCGAGCAUCGAGUCAGAAGAGUUUCCCAACGAAGAAUUCUCAGAAGGCCAGGAGCUGUUCGUUCGAGGUCUCGUCGUCGACCCCCGUCCCCUGUCUUGGAAGUUCCGGGGUAAGUCUAGGCGCUUCUACGACUACACGGGACGUUUGGCCAAGGGCCAAGCGUUGCCGAUCGCGACUAUUCCUCAGAGUUUUUGGGAAUUCGGUGAGCGAUAUCUAUGCUCUGGCGAUUAUUGGGGCAAGCAAUGUCAAAUUGUCGGAGUGUUGGAGUGUCUGACGAUGGGAAGAGGGGGUAUUCAUGCGAAACUUGUUCUGGAAGGAGCCGACAACCAGGACAUGUUAAAGUGGGCAGAAGGUUUGAUACAGACAGGUUAUCCUCCAGAGAUCGCCGUUCACUUUUGUUCCGCAGACUGUUCCGAAGCUCCGGUUUCAACAGGAGGUCUGCACGGUCAGUUUGUCAGCUGCGCAGACACGGGAGUAGCUUGGUACGGGAACGUCGCGUCGAUACCUCGAGAGAACAACCAAGGAGAGAUAGCAAAAGAGUUAUCGAAUCUUUCCAAAGGGCGAGACGUUUUGGGCGGGAUACACCCUCCAGGAGCGCUUGCCCCGACCCAGGAAAAUUCAGGAGAGGACGAUGUGAAUCGAAAGACGGCGGGAACAACCUUCAAAGGAACGCCACUGGACAAGGGAAUAACGGUGCGCCGGUGGUUGAGGACUCGGGUGAAAAAGAAGAAGAGCAAGAAAUCCCACAAGAAGUCUCGGAAGAGGAGCCCUCGGAUCAAGCAGCUAGCAAGACGAGUUCCAGGAAUUCUGACGAGCCAUGCUGUCGCAGAGGUGGAGUGCCUGCUGGCGCAAGGAGUUGGAGACAAUCAGACCGUAGGCUUGCUGUCAGUCAUGUUGAGGUAUCUGAGGCUACAUGUUUUGAGAAGGGACGUGGCUCCAGGACCGAAGAAAGAAUUGUUGACGUUGGCUUAUACCCUAGACCGUCUGUUGCAGAGGGAUAUUCUGGGAGCACUGGAUAUCAUCAUGCAGAGAGUGAAGUCGCUGCAGUUGGUCGUCGGGGGGUCCAGUUGGGCAGUGGCACAAAAUUUGGAGUUGGUACCCCUCGAACAAGCCAUCGAGCAUUUGGCCAGAAGAUCUCCGGGCAGUGACUUGUUGAAUAUUCUGUUGCGUAGAGGAUGUGGUUUUGCUGAUGUGGUUUCGAACGUCUGCGAGACAAGCCCUACAGACACGGCAGAGGGGAGAGUCAAGAAAGAGUGCAGUGUUUUCCCCUUGCCCCUACCCAGCGACAGUGAUCUGAUGCUGGUGCGCAGCUUGAGUUACCUCAACGGUGGUAUUCAUGUUCAACUGUCCAGUGGUCUGCCUACAAUGAUGCAGUCAAGAACCUUGGACUACCUUCGCGAGCGCGUCGAGGUGUCUGUAGGGCAUGAGUUCAGCAUCAACCGUUUUGAUUGGAGUCAGUUUUUGCAAACUCGGUCGGUGAGCUAUUCGGGUGAAGAGGUCGCGAAGUGGACUUCCUGGGAUCAUGUCAAACCCGCAUUGCCGCAUGGUGCCAUCGGGAGUGCGAGAGCAACUGACUUUGCUCAGGGCGUCGUGCUAAAUCUUUUGCGUGACCCGAGCCCCCAUGUGUUUGGUGGAUGGAAAGAAAAGCAUGUCAAGAGUUCGAGAGUUAUGGUAGAGGAUGAUGAUUGGGGGGAUUUGGCACGGGGCUUCAUUGAAUGUGGAGACCUUUCUACAGAGAUGAGCCCUUUGGUGGCUGCAUAUGCUGAUGUUGGCAUUCCGCAAAACCAGAAGAAAUCGGUCAAGCAAGCAGUGUCAGCUGAGAUGCAAGGUCCCGAAGUGCCGGAGAAGGGCGUCGUUUGCAUUGGACUCUUUGACGGCGCCGGUGGCUUGAGAGUGGCACUCGAGGCUCUUGGCGCCAAUGACGUCGUCCGUCAGGACGCGACUGCCCAGUCGAAGCCCCCCGUCCGCGAGGACGUCGUCCGAAAGGACGUCGCACCAUGCGCCUGGGCUGCUCUUCUUUCUGGCACUUGGUCGUCGAGGGGCUUGGCGCCGACUGGAGAAGAUGCGUUCGGCUCCAUGGAGUGCCUUGGAUCCAACUUGGUUCUGGUGAUUGAGUUGAUUCAGAUUGUCGUUGUUGUAACUGAGGAAGCGAAGGCCAAGGAGAUUUUCAAGAAGAGGAAGCAGAACGAGAUGGCCAAGGCUGCAAACCGGAGCCGCCGCAAUCAAGUCGACCGCCAUCUCAGCCCUGGCAGUCGCAGCCCAGCGACGCCCAAGCAGUCGCCCUUCGAGCCGAGGCAGUUGCCAGUUUGGGGGGCACAAGUCGGUCAACCUCUGGUGGUGCCACUUGGCUUGGACGGCGAUGGUGACACUCGAUUCGGCAAUGAGCUUUUUGAUUUCAAGAUUGCUUUCGUGGCGGCGGAUGUGAAGACGGCCAAGGCAGAGCAACAGUCGAAGAUGGCCAAAACGAAGAUGAUCCAAGCGAAUGCCAUUCUCGACGUCGCCUUUGCUUCGUCCAGCGGCUCACAGUCGGCCAAGAAAAACGCCAAGGGCGCUGCCGAACGCAUCCUCAGGGAGUUGAAAAGCGAGUCGGAGGAGUCGUCCUCGUCGUCCUCUUCGAAGUCGCCGGUGCAGAAGAAGAAGAAGAAGCAAGGGCGUCCGGCAGUCGACAAGAAGGCUGACAAGAAUAAGAAGGGCGCCAAAAAUGUGUCAAAAUCUAGGGGACGUCACCGGUAG